AUGACCGACGACUACGAGGCUGGGUACAAGGGCCACCCUGAGCCACCACGGCGGACCAUGCCUCCACUGGUGGUGGCGGGCCUUGUGGUGGUUGCCGCUCUAUUGGGCGUGAUGGCCCUGGUGGUGCUGGAGCUGGAGCUGGAGCUGGAGCUGGAGCUGGAGCUGGAGCUGGAGCUGGAGCUGGAGCUGGAGCUGGAGCUGGAGCUGGAGCUGGAGCUGGAGCUGGAGGUGGCCCUGCCACCAGCCUCGUUCAGGCCACACAUGCCCAAGCAGCUGCCCUUCAGCGAUGAGUCGGCGGAGCUGGCUCAUCUGCGUCAGCAGGUGGCCGAGCUGCAGGCCCGCCUGGACGCGCUGAUGGCCGGGCGGAAGGAUAUGGAGGUGGACAAGCCAGUGGCGGCGACCGAGGCGACAGAGACUGCUGGCGGGGGUGCUAGAGGUGCCGAGGCGCUCCGAGCGCGACUCGCUGCUGGCCUGCCGCACAACAAGGAUCAGGCGGACGUGGUCGAGGCGUUCGACUGGGCGUGGUCGGCGUACAAGGCGUGUGCGUUUGGUCGCGAUGAGCUGCGGCCGAUUUCGCGGUCAUGGCAAAAGUGGACUCAGGUCGGGCUUACACUGGUCGACUCGCUGGACACUAUGCUGCUGCUCGGGGCCGGCGAGGCCUUUGACGAGGCCCGGGAAUGGGUGGCGAGCGAACUCCGCUUCGACUACGACGACCGGUACAACGUGUUUGAGACCACGAUUCGGAUUCUGGGCUCGCUCCUCACCGCUCACGAGAUCACUGGCGAUGAGCUCUUCCUGAACAAGGCUGUUGAACUCGCCGAGGCCAUGGAGCCGGCGUUCCGGACGCCGUCGGGCGUGCCGUACUCGGAUGUGGUGCCGGCGAGCGGAGUGGCGUCGUCGCCGGAUGGCGGCAUGUCAUCGACGGCCGAGGUCACCACGCUUCAGCUCGAGUAUGGACAGCUGACGCGGGCAACUGGCGACGUGAGGUGGGCCAAGACCGCCAACCGGGUCAUGGACGUCAUCCUCGCGGCGCCUUCGCGCGACGGGCUCCUGGGGACGCGCGUCUCGCCGGCCUCGGGCAAGGUCGCCAUGUCAGAGAUCAAGCUCGGCGCUCGCGGCGACUCGUAUUACGAGUACUUGCUCAAGCAGUACAUUGCGGCAGGCCCGGGGCGUGACGAUGAGCCGCUGGCGCGGCGAUGCAUGGACCGGUAUCUAGAGACGGUUGAGGCCAUCCGCAAGCGGCUGUGGCGACAGGCGAGCGGGCCCAAGGGCGUGUGGUACGUGGGUGAGGAGAUCUCGGGCCGGUUCUCGCCCAAAAUGGACCAUCUGGUUUGCUUCCUGCCGGGCACGCUCGCGCUAGGCACGCUCUACGGGGCGCCGUCGUGGCACCUUGACAUGGCAGCCAAGCUCAUGGAAACGUGCUACGAGAUGUACGCAUCGACUGGCUCGGGCCUUGCACCCGAGAUUGCGUACUUUGCCACUGCAGACGGUGCCGAGGGCGACAUUGAGAUCCGUCCGGCCGACGCCCACAACCUGCUCCGGCCUGAGACCGUCGAGUCGCUGUGGUACAUGCAUGUCAUCACGGGCGAACCGCAGUAUCGAGCAUGGGGCCGGGCCAUUUUUGAUGCGUUCAACACGUGGAGUCGCGUCUCGACUGGCGGGUACACCUCGGUCGCCGACGUUCGGGCCACGCCGGUCCGACAGCCUGCAGCGGGCGCUCGGUACGAUAAGAUGGAGUCGUUCUUCCUUGCUGAGACACUCAAGUACCUCUUCCUGCUCUUUGCAGACGAGAAUCCGAUUCCGCUUGACGAGUGGGUGAUGAACACCGAGGCUCACCCGAUGCCGAUUCCUGGGUAA